UAUUUUUAUUCAUUCUUCCCCCCCUCUCAAACGAUCCUAUUUCUUCAUCUGCUUUCCUUUUUCCGUUUUCCAUUUCGUACGUAUAUUCGUUCUAUUUUCUCUUCUUAUCGUAUCCUUGGAGAAUGGCGGUGAGUGGUGUUGGUGAGAUGAUCGGUGCCGGAGGAUCUUCUCCCUGGAUUCAGUUGAGGGAUCGGUGGUCCAGAAAGAAGGCGAAUCGAUCUAGGGUUUCUCGUGUCUCUGCGUCUCUCAAUCUCACUGAUCCCUACAAGACUCUUCGGAUUCAACCUGGUGCUUCUGAAUCUGAAGUGAAAAAGGCUUUCAGACGAUUGGCUUUGCAGUAUCAUCCGGAUGUGUGUAGAGGAAGCAAUUGCGGUGUACAGUUUCACCUCAUCAACGAAGCUUACGAUACUGUGAUGAGCAAUUUCAGGGAAGAAUCGAAGCACGGGGAGAUGUUCGAGGAGAUAGACGAAUCCAUGAGAGGAUAUGACGAUCCUGAUUGGGAGUUGUGGGAAGAGUGGAUGGGAUGGGAAGGAGCUGGAAUUCGCGACUAUUCAUCUCAUAUCAAUCCCUAUAUUUGAAAAAUAAAUACUCGUAUUCCUACUUAUUUAGACCAACUGUCUAUUUGUAUAUAUGGAGAUGGUUUUUUAAUCAUCCCUCUGUAAAUAGUGGAACAACAAAUUGUUCAAAUAAUAAUAAUAAUACUGCAUCAUCUUUGGAAGAAA